AUGGCAGCCGCAAUACAUUUCUUCCAAGUUCCGGGCAUUGCUAUCGCCAAAGCAAGGCUCGAGAGCAAGGCGCUUCUUUGCUUUGUCGCCGACAAUAAUAAUGCUGACAGUACACAAUGGGAAUCUGUUCUGACGGAUCCUGAGAUAGCGGAUCAGUUACGCUCAUCGACAGUCAUGCUUAAAGUAUUUACCGGCUCGAAGGAAUCACGUCUUUUGAAUGACGUCUACCCUGUUCAGAGUGUUCCAGCGGUUCUCAUCGUUCAGAAAGCAGAAGUCGUUGCAAACUACCAGCAUGGGCAGAUACCGUUUGAGGACUUUAAGCGUGAACUCUUCACGAGAUACACGCCGAAGACAGAACCAGUAGCAUCGCCUUCUACUUCAUCAAGGCAAAGACUACCAGGCUACCUUGACUUACCACCAUCAGAGGGCAGGAUGCGCUUGCCGAACAAUGCAUAUGACCAUCUUCGCAAAUUGACGCAGCAGUAUUUAGAUUCAGGAGUGUCUGGAAAGGGCUUGCUGAACAUUCAACUAAAGCUUUUGGGAUCAGUCAAUUCGGAGCCAGUGACUACGGCAAUUCAGCAGAUACGAGAUACCAUUAAUACAGAUACGGAGCCAAGUUUGUCGGAUCAAGCGACAGAACGCCUACUGAACACACCAGCCUCGAGUAUUAGGCAAGCACCGCCCUCUAGUAAUAACGAUCCAGCAGGUUCAGGAUCCUCUCAUGAACCUCGGCGUACUCAGCAAGCAGGAGCAACAACAAACGCGGGCCCACAAUCAUCAACACCUCUUACGACCCCACGACCAUUACAACAGACUGAUAGUCAUGCCUCAUCAUCAACGACUUCAACCUCGAACAGAACCUCAACCACAGCACAAAACACAGCCGCCCAACGGGCCGAAUACAUAUCCUCCCAGAAAGCCGCCGAAGCAGAACGCGCCCGCAUAAAAGCCGAAAUCGAAGCAGACAAGCGCACCCGACGAGAAGCCGAUCGCAAAGCCCGCGACGAAGCAGAAGCCCUCCGUCGACGAACCGAGCUCCACGAACUCCGCAAAGCCAACUCCACAACCUCAAAUCCACAGGCUACAGACGUGCGGAUCCAAGUACGCUUGUUCGAUGGCGGGACAAUACGGAGCUCUUUCGCGAGUGAGAAUACAAUAGCACUGCAUGUAAGACCGUGGAUCGAAGAACAGACUAAGAAGAAUGGUUCAGGAGUCGCGGGGCGACCGUAUGAUUUGAAGUUGAUAUUGACGCCGUUGCCAAAUCGGAGUAUUGAGGCUGGUGAGGAGGAUACGCCGUUGUCUGAUAUUGAGGGUAUACAAGGCAGUGCGACGCUUGUGAUGGUCCCUGUCAAGACAUAUGUAGAUUCCUACGGCAAUACAGCUGGCAAUGGUGGACUACUUGGUAGCGCGAUAGGCGCCGCACAAUCUGUCGUUGGUACCGGUAUUGGUAUCGUAGGAUCUGCUGCUGGCAUCUUGGUCGGUGGACUUGGCCGUCUGAUGGGCGCGGGUGUGACACCACAAACCACUUCGAAUACACAAGCGCAAGACACGGAUGCGUCUUCGCGUCCUAGCCAAGGCGAAACUGCCGCUAGGGAUGUCAGAAAUGUGAGGGUAAGAACAUUGGCAGAUCAGAGGCGGGAUGAAGAAGAGGAGACGAAGAAGCGAGGCACGAACUUGUACAACGGCAUGGGUCUGAACGUGCAGCCGAGAGGUGAUGAUAAUGAACACAAAUGA